CCAAGAGCUCACCUUCCUAUGGCCAGGGUACCAUGGGUGGUGUCUAUGCUGCUGCUGCUCAUCGUCAGCUCCCAGGAGGUGUCCAUGACCCCUGUCCAGUACCUCUGUGGCUCCCACCUGGUGGACACCCUCUACUUCGUCUGUGGGGAACGGGGCUUCUUCUACAGCCCAAACCGACCCCACAAGCGCGACGUGGAGCAACUGCUCGGGUUCCUGUCUAAAAGGGCCAGGCAGGAGCAGCAGCAGCAGCAGUGGGGGGCUUCAUCUGGACACGAGGAGGCCAAGGUGAAGAGAGGCAUCGUGGAGCAGUGCUGCCAUAAGCCAUGCAGCAUUUACCACCUAGAAAGCUACUGCGACUGACUCACCACCCCACCACUAGAACCACUCAUAGCCUGUUAAAAAGGUCUCGCAGUCCAUUUCUGGGCCGACACAGGCUAUGUCUUAUCAACCGAAGGAAAUAAAGUUUCACGACCCUCUACCCGAGCUCCGCUGUGCGUCCUUUGUAGCUAGUAAAUGGCCUGCAUGAUACAUGGGUUGCAGCGGUUUCCUCUGCCACGUUCUAACCUGUGGCUGCAGUCCUAGAGUGCUCUCUACUGGCCCAGCACAGACAUGGCCCAGACAACCUGGAGUAAUAGGCUUGGAAAACAGCGUUUUUAUACUUGGCAACUCAAUA